CAUAACACAGUUCUUACAGUUCCUUUGUUUUCACGUAUCUUCCUUUCAACUCUAUGGAAACAGAUGUACAGGACGGGUGUUUCAGGCACAUUUAACGUUAUCUGGGCGCACUUUAGGACAAUGAAGCGUAAAAAUAUAUAAAGAUGCAGAAAUGAAGCUUCUGGCACAUUUUUGUAAACGAAACCUGAUUUGCGGCAACUACAGAUGACUUACGGCUGUAUUGUAAACCGGUACAACAACAAAACGCAUGGGAAGUAGUUGGAGCAACGUGCCUUUCAGCUGAACUCAUCACCAUGGAUACCGCAUUAGUAUGGCACCCAAACCCGGAAAACCUUUCUCCUCCAAAGGUGGAAAACAGCUUACAUACAAAGGAAAAGAUUCCUCAGGGACCAAAUUUGGAGGGAAACCUGGUGGGGAAAAGCCCUUUAAGCCAUACAAGAAGACAGAGUAAAAGACCCGGCCAGGAAAAGCAAAUGAUGGAGGAAGAAAAUUAGGUUUCUCUAAUGCUGGGAAAGGACCACAGGGGAAAAGGAAACUGCCAGCAGAUGGCAGAGGUCUGCAGGCCAAGAAGAGGAAGAGAGGUGAGAAGAAGCUAACAGAUGAAGAGCUGAAGAAGAACCGACUGCAGUUGGAGAGGAAGGAGAUGUUUGACAUCGUCCGCUAGUGCAAAGGAGUGUGAGGAAAUCUCCGGAGGAAGAAAUGUGACGAAGAGCAGAAGAAGAAACUGAUGAAGGAGCUUCAUGGUUUGAUCCAUGGGAAAAUGAAACAGAUGGCGUCCCUCACGACUCGGUGCAAGUUCUUCGGUGUUUCACCCAGUUCGGAAACCAGAAGCAGAGAUGGGAGGUGUUUGAGGAGCUCAAAGACGGCAUCCUCACCAUGUCCAAGUACCCGUAUGAAAAGCACGUGGUGAAGAAACUGCUGAUGUAUGGGAACAAGGAGCCAGUGGCCGCCGUGAUCCAGAUGUUCAAAAGUCACAUUCGUCAGAUGCUCCGCCACGCCACCGCCUCGACCAUCGUUGAGUACGCCUACAACGACAAAGCCGUGCUCGCUCAGAAGCUGAUGAUCACCGACGAGCUGUACGGGCCCACCUACGCCAUCUGCAAGUCGUUGGAGCGUAACACCAUCGAGAAGGUGGUGAAGGAGAACCCGGAGAAGCUGGAGAACAUCAUGGAUGAGACGAAGCAGGUCAUCGUACCGCUGACACAGAAGGAACAGGUCAUCAAGCAUUCUGUGGUCCAUAAAGUCUUCCUGGACAUCUUCCUGUUGGCACCCGACAAGCAGAGAUCGCUACAGACGGUGGUGGAACCCUACAACAAGGUUCUGGGAUCUGAGAGAUCUACAGGAGAGCCAACAACAUUUCAGGUUGAGUGGGUGUGGUUGAAGGUCAUCAAGCAAAAGUGGGUGGAGCCAAGGUUCACAGGACCGUACCAGGUGACAGAGAGGACAUCCCACGCAGUGAGGCUGAAGGGCAAAGGAGACACGUGGUUUCAUUGGAGCCAGUGCGCCGCACCGGAACCAGGGAGGCCCCUGGAGGAGAUGGGAGGAAACACAGUUUCAUCACAAGGGGCAGAAUAAUCCCCUCAGCUGUGUCAGACAACUAGGCAGUCUACCUUAGUUGUUGAAGAAAGAAGACCAACAGACACCAGCGCACAAGAUGUCACCUGUAUAAGAGACCAACGAACAGCGAGACUGCGCCACCCGGAGGAUGAAAGGACGAGAGAA